UAGCUUUUUUUCUUAUUCUUCGGUUUGCACGGAAAGUACCCGUUCUCUGGCAUUUCCGAAAGAUAGUUUAUUUAUAGAACAGAAAUCGGCGACAAAAAUACGCGACAUGCCCAAGUUAAAGAGUUUGGUACCCAACUUUUUUGGCAACAACAAAGAUAAGCACAACAAUACGAAUAUGAAUACGGAGGAGGGACGACUGGAAACAGACGCAUUGCCCAUUAGCGAGGAAGAUAACAAUAGCGGGGCGCUAUCGCUGGCCUCGAAUACACCAACACCAUCAGCGGACCUAACCGAGUCCGUGUUGCGCGAACUCUCCGAUCCCAAUUACAAUUCCAUGGAUGUCGUCCAAUCAGCACAGAUUCCAGGCUCCGCCCUAGCUAACAACAGCAACAACAACACUAUGAACACAAUGAAUGUGCAUAGUGCACAGCAACAGGUGGUCAUGAAUUUCUCGAAUGCCAGCAACUUGCAUUUUGGCUCCGUUUACAAUUUCAAUCAGAGCCUGAGCGCCUGCAGUUCACGCAAGGGCAGCACGAGCACCACAGAAGAGGUUGCAGGAGCCAUUUUACCCACCUCGCUGGAAGGCAAACGUCAUGUGCCGCGCAAAACCGUUAGCAUUGUGGCCAUGAUGCAGUCGCAACAGGAGCCCGAUCAUCGACUGCUGGACACGGUGGCCACACAUCUUGGCGAAGGCUGGAAGCAAGUAAUGCGCGAGCUGGGCCACUCCGAGGGUCAGAUCGAGCAGGCGAUUAUCGAUCACCAAAUGCACGGCAAUAUCAAAGAGGUCAUAUAUCAGCUGCUCCUGCAGUGGGUACGUGGUGCUGACGAUGGUGUCGCCACUGUGGGGCGACUCACCACGCUGCUGUGGGAGACACAGCAUCGUGAGUGCGUGCAGCGCAUGAAACUGGUUUGGAAAGCACUCGAGAAGCGUAAGACAUCCAGUUAGUUAGCGCUUAAAUCAACAUGCGCUGUACUUCCCCCAAUGAAAAAAUUUAAAGUUAGUCACUAAUUUAAUUGUUAGCCUUUCUAAUAUUGGUAGUUAAGCAUAUGGCUACCUUAACAUUUUUCCACUACUUGUUUGCGCUCUCAGCAAAACAAAAGCAUUUGUGCAAUAAUUUGUUAACGAUUUUUUGACAAACGGCAUUGUAUAAUACAGUUGAUGCUCGCAAAUUAGAAUUGCCAAGUUCUUACUUUUGAUUCAUUUUUGUUAAGUUUCAAAUUUGUUUGUUAAAAUUUGGUAGUUCAUAAAAUUAUUGAAUAGCUUGAAAGUACCUGCAAAAAUGAGAGUAUAUCUAAAUUCAUUGCGUUCCAAUUAGCGAGCGACUACUGUUCAUUUAACUUUCGAAUAAAUGCCUUAAAGUUUGUCCACAAAGCAACUUAUUUUUUAAAAAUGUGAAUGUGAUAUUUAAGUCGAGUAUAUGAUUAGGUAAUAUGUGCAUUCUUUUCGAGUAAUCUUUUGCAAUAAAACAAGACGUAAAUC